GCGGCGAUUACAUCGUUUUCCAAUCCGCCCGCCUCCGCGGCCACCCAGAGAGAAUCAUAAUGUUCAGGAUGCUUAGCAGCACCUUUGAGGAGGACCCAUUCUUCUCUGAUUCUUUUAUGGCACACCAAGAAAGUAUGCGACACAUGAUGAGAAGUUUUUCUGAACCUUUUGGGAGAGAUUUGUGCAGCAUCACCAAUGGUAGAGGAAGAGCUCAUAAUCAUAGAGGACAUGAUGAUGGUGAAAACUCUUUGACUCAUACAGAUGUCGGCCCUUUUCAGGCAAUGGACCGAAUGAUGUUAAAUAUGCGAAACAGUAUGCAGGAAUUACAAAGAAACUUUGAUCACCUUUCAAUGGAUCCAAGUGGCCAUUCAUUUUGUUCUUCCUCAGUUAUGACCUAUUCCAAAGUAGGAGAUGAACCACCAAAAGUUUUCCAGGCCUCAACUCAAACUCGUAGGGCUCCUGGAGGAAUAAAGGAAACCAGGAGAACUUUGAGAGAUUCUGACAGUGGGUUAGAAAAAAUGGCUGUUGGGCAUCAUAUCCAUGAUCGAGCUCAUGUCAUUAAAAAGUCAAGGAACAAGAAGACUGGAGACGAAGAGGUCAAUCAAGAGUUCAUCAACAUGAAUGAAAGUGAUGCUCAUGCUUUUGAUGAUGAAUGGCAGAAUGAGAUUUUGAAGUACAGACCAGGGGGAAAAUGGCAUAAUCUAGAAAACACUAGGAUGCCAAGUGUUGGUCAUGAGAAUACAGGAGCCCGAGAACUUAAAAGAAGGGAGAAAGUUCACCAAAGUCCAGCCAUUGAAAGUGGAAGAAGAUCAAACGUCUUUGUGGACAAACUCAACGUCAAAGGAUCGCCUGUCAAAAUGAGCAAAAAAUAA